AUGUCCACCUGUUAUCCUGAACCAGGCUCUAUCCAGAUAACAGCUGGGGAGAAUCUAGUUCUUGAAUCUUACUACAGCAGUACUCAAAAGCACACGGGAGUUAUGGGGAUUUUCUACGUUUUGGUUGCUGAGCGAACACCAAAUCCCACGAAUUUCUUGCAUUCUCCGAUUCAUAUACAUGAGAAGAUGAAAGUAUCCGCAUCUGCUUUAGCAAUAGUAGCUCUGUUAGGACUGGCAGUAGUUGCUCUUGGCCUGCGUCAUCGACUGAAGAAGGGGAGAGAAGAAGGCUAUGAACCAAUAAUGGCAUAGAGCUGUAAUCCUGUUAAUUUCCAUAUCUUUGCAAUGCAUCUAUAUAUAUAUGAAACAUGCCUUGUUUGCUCCAUGAAUGGAUGCAAAAUAGUCCAACUACAUAUAGCAACCGUAUCAAUGGAACUCGUUGUCUUCUCUAGUGGAGCCACAGAGAUCUAUACAUCAAUAAUUUGUCUGAGUAAUUGGAAAUUAUUCCUACUGCCAUGGCUUCCAA